CUACAAGCAAUUAGUACAAGUUUGGAUUUGUUUACAACGUUUCCUCCACGUGAAAAGUGGUGAAACGAAAGUAAAUUUUCUUACUACAUGUAAGUGUUUUCACCAUGGGCACGUUUGCAUUAUUAAAAAAAUUUUCACCACGUCUUACUCGAUGUUAUGUAAGAUAUCAACAUGUUAACGCGUUAAAACUUUUCCUAACGGAAUUCGGGGAUCCUGCUAAAGUUGUCAAGAAAGAAGAAUUCACUCUACAAUUGACAGAUAUGGCUAGCAAGCAAGUUUUAGUAAAAAUGAUUCAAGCUCCAAUCAAUCCAGCAGACAUAAACACAAUCCAAGGAGUAUACGGAGUGAAGCCUGACUUGCCAUUCACAUUAGGAAAUGAAGGUUUUGGCGUCAUAGAAAAAGUUGGAAAUGAAGUGAAACAGCUUAAAGUUGGAGACUGGGUGAUUCCUGGAACAAAUGCAUGGGGAACUUGGCGGUCUUAUGCACUUGAUGAGGAAACAAAUUUAAUCAAAAUUCCAAAUGAUUUGGAUCCAGCCAUGGCUGCAACUUUAGCAGUAAAUCCUUGCACAGCCUUUCGAAUGCUCCAGGAUUUUGAAACACUUAAUAAAGGCGACACAGUCUUGCAAAAUGCAGCCAACAGCGCCGUAGGACAAAAUGUCAUCCAAAUUGCCCGUCAUUUAGGCUUCCGGACUGUCAACAUAGUACGGAAUAGAGAAGGAAUCGAGAAAUUAAAGCGAGACUUGCAAGAUCUAGGCGCUGAUUACGUGUUGACUGAAGAAGAGUUCCGGUCGUCCAAACUGUUCAAAAGCGGAGAACUUGCCCAACCGAAAUUAGUGUUAAAUUGCGUUAGUGGGAAGGCCGUGAUUGAACUGGUAAAAGCUAUGGCAGAAAACGGCACACUGGUCACCUAUGGAGGAAUGUCACGACAGCCACUUGUGGUACCGACAUCUGCUUUCAUUUUCAAGAAUAUUCGUCUUGUUGGAUACUGGAUGACGCGCUGGAACUGGCAGCAUGGACCUAACUCCACCGAACGGAAGGAUAUGUUAGCGACGCUUUGCAACAUGGCAAAACAAGGGUCCUUAGUGGCACCCAAGCACGAAUUCGUGCCUCUAGAUUCUUUCCAAGAGGCCCUGGCUCGAUCAUGUGAUACUACUCGCUUUCAUGAAACCAAAUUUAUUUUCAAGUUCUAGCCUUAUUUAAACUUAAAUGUGUUCACUAUGAACUCAGUUAGAUGGAGUUUAUCUCAUUUGUUUUGAAGUUGAAAUGUUUAAGUACUUACGAAA